UAUACUGAUUAUAAGUACCAAGAAUACAACAUAUACAUCGUUCCAAUGUACGUCGUUGAAUAAGAAGUACCCACAACUAAUGUUAUCAAAUUGAAUUUGUUAUCCACCUUUAAAACCAUUAAAUUGUAUUCAAUGUGAAGAAAUUUCUAAAUAAACCAAGCUGAUAUAAUAAUUAUAACAAGUAUUAACUGAAUCAUUCCGAAUGAAUUCAAGGACAAUACACGAGUCAGCCCUGAAACAAGAUGCCUUCUCAGACAUGUCUGUAUUUGCUGCCAGAAUCCCCAGCCUACAAAAAAUGGCAUCUUACCAAAUCGCCAUCCAGGUGUGGUAUAACUACAUCCACUGUAGUAAGAAAAAAUCAUUCACAGCAUUCCAUUGUGAUGUGCGAAACACAAACAGCAAUGAAGAACUAAUAGAGUGCAGUAAAUUAAUCAAAAGUUUGGGAAUGCCACGGUUCGUGGAAAAUGAACUGAAAAAAUGUCUGAAAAAAGUUCGUCAGGAAACGAUUGACUGCCAAGCAUAUUUCCGAGUAGCUUCAUCUCCUACCCACAUGGAACUAAAUUUCCAUUGCUCUCCCAACGAUGUACGAGUAUUUAGACCAAUACGUACUUAUUGUACUAUCUCACAACAUUACAAACUCUGGAACGUCAACUUGAACUGUUUCGUAUGGUAUCCAAAUGGACGAAUUGACUACAAAAGCACUGCGGUCAAACUUUCAACAUUGUCCAAUCUGACUGAAGCCCAAAAGUUUGUCAUCAUAAGCAAUCAUUGUCUGCAAAAUGAGAUACAAAGUAUUGAUCUACAUAUACUUGUAAUGUUAAACUUCAUAGAUAAAUUGAGUUUCCAAGACACUCCUGUACAAUACUACUGGUUCUGUUAUCUAAAUAAUGACAUAAGACAUAAUAUUCCUCUGGAUAAUUUCAAUUCAGCCGAUGUUGUAAUGGCUACAAAAUAUUACGAUGAAGGAUUAUGGGAAGGCUUUCAAUACUUCUGGGAUCGUAUGCGUGCUGACGAGCAAGUAUCGUUCAUAAGCAACAGAUUACGUCCAUUUGAUAAAUCCUUCAACCACCGCAGAUUGUUCUUCAAGAUGUCGCAUCGCCAACUAAUCAAUUUAUUAUCCAAAGAACCUGCUGACACCAUAAAGGCAUUUUUAGUGUCAUUGAACCUUCCUAGGCACGCAAUUUGGGCCUGGGUGCUGACUAAAAACGAUAUGCCCAAUGAAAAAUUUGUCAAAUUGGUGAAUGACUUACUCCGCGACGGAAAUAUUCAUUAUGAUGAGAAGAGAAUGAACGUUUGUUUGGAAAUGUGGGAUACAAUGACCGAUCGUCAUAAAAACCAUGUGUCACAAAGCUGGAUUUUAGCACAUUUGGUUACAGGUAUUCUCGGAAUAUUUCAAAACACUAGGAAACUAGUACCGAGUGCUUUAAAAUUCCUAGUGAAGUUGGUAAGAUUGGGAGAUGCAAAUUUUAGAAAAGAUGUCAUUCUUAAAAAAACGUCACAAUUUGCAUUACAGCUUGAUUUUGAUAUCGUUGGUGAAAUGCUCGACUUAUGUUUUCCAAAUCAUCCGGACAGAAUGCAAUUUUUGGAAAAAAAUGAUCUAGACUUUUCACCUUACCAUUGUGAAAUUUUAUACUCUGAAGACGAUUUUAAAGAGUUGAAUAAAAGAUUAUUGUCUUGUUUACAAAAUUUGAACCUAGCUUCAAACUUUGUGAAAGAAUUGAUUGAGUCGAAGAUUAUGUUCAAUAGACGUGUACCCGCCAACAUUCUCUAUUCAUCUGAUUGUAGAACUUAUUGGAACAGGCUGAGGUACUUCAUCGAAGAAAUUUAUCAAGAAACCCCUACGUCAGUGUUUGAAAUGAAACGAGCUUAUAUUUCUUCAUUUGCUGCCAGUAGUGAUCCUUAUGAACGAUAUGGCAGUUUGAAUGAAUUAGCCGAACUCAUUGAGCUAGAAUUUGUACAUGAACGUCUCCACAGUCUGAGACGUUCAUUUUCAAAGGUGUUUAAGAAAACACUUCCGCAUCUACAGUGUUACGACAUCUUCGUGUUCGAUUCUGUCAAGAAUAUUUUUACUUGGUGUUUCGAAAAUGAUGCACGAGCAUUUAGGCACUUUAAACGUAAGGUGCCUAUCGAAGAUAUUUUCAAUGCAAUUUACCGUGAUGUAGUUAGGCUUACAAAGCGUUCACAUCACCCUCUCGUUCGCAAAAUCGAUGAAUUUCUGCUGUGGUACUUCUCAGGUGUUACAGCCGAUGUAAUAAAGUUUAAAUCGGAAAUGAAUGACAACUCCAAGGUCAAAGAAAGAAUGAAGUAUGCUUGGUUACUUGCGACUCCUCAUUUUGAAUUAGAACAAAUGGAAUGGAUGAGCCCUCGGCCCCCUUCCAUCCUAUCAAGUGACGAAUCUGCGCCUGAUACCAGAUCGCCAACUUCUUCAGUUCCUCCAUCAAACAAAAAAAAAGAACAACGAUUUGGGCUGAAGAAAAUCAAACAAUGGUUCUCCAAAUCAACUACAAAUCUUUGAAAAACGCAGCUGUUGCGAGAAUCCAGAAUUUCAACACCAAUAAUAUACUCAACGUUGAACUCUGGAAUCUAGAAAAAAAAACUGGAAAAAAUGAAUUGACGACUCGAAAACUCAUCGUGCUCCAAUUUGCAGCAAAUCCAACCAUCUCAUGCGAAUAUAAAAUAUGUACCAUCGAAGACAGAAGAAGGGGGGAAAUAUUCAAGAUGGGUAAUUGGGUAUUUAAGUCAUUAAUUCACAGCGUAUACAAAAACGAGGUUUAAUUAAGCAAUGUUAUUUUUGCAUCAAAAUUAUUUUACGUAGGUAAUGUAUUUUUCAAUUUUUCAAGAAAUAAGUCCCUUCCUCGUCGUCUUAGUUCGCUUAUAUUGAGCCUCCAAAGUUUGGAAAAAAAUAUUGAAGCAGAUACGCAAAAAAAUUGGAAAAUAUUUCAUUUUGGGAAAUUUUUAAAAAUAAGUGAUCCUUUUUCAAUAAAAUACUUCCCUUGAUUUACCUAUAAGAGAAGAAAUAUUGGCCCCUCAUGUAGACUGUAGAGUAAUCCAAAAUUCAAUUUUUUUUUAAAUAUACAAGUUUAAGUCGAAAAAUGUUUGUUUAAUUUUCAAUUUUUGCGCCAGAAUUCUUUUACAUUACCCCCCUUUUCGAGAAAAAAUGUCCCUUGAUCUUCCAAGCCGUGUGAAUGAAUGCUCCGUACGAGAGGACCAACAUCAUUUGAGAGGUGGACAAGAAAAAUUGUUUAACCUUAAGUACAGGAUAAAAAUUUUUAAUUGGAUAUACCUAUUUCAAUUUUUUAUUCUGAUUUUUGGUUUUUUCCAACGUUGAAGGUUCCAAAGAAGAAGACCAAUGUCCAAAAUAGUUUAGAGGACCAAGAAAUGUUUUUUUUUUCCUUUUUUCUAAAGGGAAGUAUUUAGAAGAAUUAUAGUGCAGAAAUAGAAAACUUUUGGAUAGAUAUUAACUUGAAUAUUGACACUGCCUUUAUUCAGAUUGGAGAAUCAAAACUUUCAGAGAAUUUUUUCCUGAGAAAAAACACCUUUUACUGCACGAACUUUUUAAUAAAAAAUGUUUCAAGUUUUGUAAAAAAAAAAUUGAUUAAACAGUUCGUGCAGUAAAGAGUGUUUUUUCUCAGUUGCUGAAAUGUGCGAAAAAAGUGAUCAAAAAUGCAUGAGAAUUUUUCCCCAUAAAAACAAAGUACAUUGAGGGGUAAAAAAAAUACAAGCUUGAGUGAAUUUUACAUUUUUCUUGAAUAGUCGUGAAAAUAUAAUUUAUUAGGUAGGAUAAGAAAAAUCGAGGCAUUUUUUAAACAAACAUUCAAAAUACACACAUCAGUUUUAUUUUUGAUAAGUAAAAUCAAAACUCGAGUGAAUAAAAAUUUUUUUUGAGGAGUUAGAAACAUCAUUUAGGUAGUAAAAAUAAUUGAAGAAUUUUUUAUGGGUAACUUUCACUCAAAAUAAAAGUUUCUGCUAAAUGUGGUAAAAAUCCCUUGACUUUUUUUUUUUUGCGAUCCACCCUAAUACUUAUAUAUAUGUAUGUAUACCUAUUUAUGUAGUUACUUUGUAAAAUUUGAUCAACAUUAAAAUGUACCUAUGCUUAUUUUUAACCAUAGAACUGUACCGAUGAUGUAAAAUUUGGUGAAAUAAAAAAGUGUUGUUUUU